UUAUGUUCCUAGAGUGCAUUAUAAAGUAUGGAAUAUGCAGCAAGAUGAAAGAAGAAAAUAGUUUCUUCUACUAUAGCAAGAUUAUGUUAGUCCAGAAAUACAUCUGAGUCCUGGAAACUGAGGAUCUGCAGCUUCUAAACAGAAUUUAAGGAGGAUUUAUUUCAAGUAUUUUUGCUUCUCCAUUAGGUACCAGGGAUUUGCCUUCCAAGCUGUCAUCUUUUAUUUGAGUGUUACUGUGCCCAACAAAGUUUAGCCUCCCCCACGACACUAAAAUCCAUACUCACUAUUUUGAAGACAAAUAUUGAGACUUUGAAAAAAAAAAAUGUUCUGUGUUCAGUGGUAUUAAGAAGGGAAGAAGAGUUUGGAUACUUUUGUGCCAGCUGAGGCUUCUUAAAACUGAUGCCCCUUAAAAACCACAGAGAGAAAUUUGGAUUGGAAGAGACCUGGAGGUCCAACAGUCAACCUUAAAACAGGGCAAACAUCUAAUGGAUUGCUUGGGGCCUGGUCCAAACAAGUUAGGAGCUUUCUUCAGGAAUGGCAAGUCCACAGUGGUUAGUUGGGAAUGUGGUGGUUUCACAGAGUAUUUUUCCGUGCUGCUGCAUAGAAAGCAGAACUUGGCUGUGCUUUUUGGACUCCAGAAGCCAGGAAUGUUGCAGUCAGUGCAAGGAUGACAAAGACAGAGGCAGCCGAAGUCAGAUUGUAUUGCAGGAUUCUGUGGAGUUCCCUAAGCAAAAAAAAAGAAAUUACAGCUGCUAUCACCACCCCUUUUGUGUAAGGGGUCCUGCCUGUAAAAGCAUGAAAAUGCAUCCUCCUGGAUUGCUGUUUUUCUUCUUAGCAGCAUGCCUCACUCCCACAGCAGACUGCCAGAGUCAGAAGUUAAAAUCCAUGCGAUGCAAUGUCAAGACAAUGUUUACCUUGAACACAGCGUGUACUGCUUGUGCUGCAGCACCUAAAAUGUUGUGUCCAAGAGGCUGGUUAAAGACCACCCAAGGAAUAGGGGUGAGAGACUGCAGAUACUCUGUCAAGUUAGGAGAAAAUACCCUUUCCCUGCCAGGGUGUCAUCACAUAUGUAAGAAGGACAUUGAGGAGAAAAAGUGCUGUCCGGGAUUCUGGGGUACAGAGUGCUAUGAGUGUCCAGGUGGCUCUGAAAAUCCCUGCAGUGGCCAUGGGACGUGCUUGGACGGGAUGCAGCAAAACGGGACCUGCAUCUGCAAGGAGCAAUACAGUGGGUUUGCCUGCCAGAACUGUCGAGAUGAAAAUCGUUUUGGCCCAGACUGUCAGUCAGUGUGUGACUGUGUGCACGGGGAGUGCAACAGCGGCGUCGCUGGGAAUGGGAGCUGCACGUGCUAUGGAGGCUACACAGGCCCCAGGUGUGACCAAGAGCUGUCCCUGUGCAAAGGCGUGACAUGUGAGCCCAACAGCGAGUGUGUGGUGAGGGAUGGGACUGCAGAGUGUGCCUGCAAGCUGGGCUACAGGAAGCUUGGGAGCACUUGCCAAGCUCAGGAUCCUUGUUCUCCUUCUCCAUGCUCCCCCUUCGCUGUAUGUAAAGCUCUUGGAUCACGAACAUAUCAAUGUACCUGCAAAGAAGGAUAUCAAGGAGAUGGGAACAUUUGCCAGCCCAUAAACCCUUGUGUUGACAACAAUGGAGGCUGCCCAGAAAACUCUACAAUUUGUGUUUACAGACGUCCAGGAGAGGCAACUUGUGCUUGCAAGCCUGGGAUGAGUAAGAGAACUCCUUCGUCCGAGUGUUCUGCAUUUCCCAAUGAUUGCCGGCAGUAUUUUUGCGACGUGACUUCCAAAUGUGAGAUUAAUUCUCAGGGGAAUCCUAGCUGUGUGUGUAAAGAAGGGGAGAUUGGAGAUGGGAGAAGCUGCUAUAAAGAUCUCUUGGGUGAAAUAAAUCAGCUCAAUUUGCGAGGAAGGUUUGCUAGGAAAUUUAACAUCGCCAGGAAAAUGUUUGCUUCUGGUUGCUCAACGUUGCUGACUAAAUACGGGCCCUUCACAGUCUUUGUACCAUCCCUUCUUCCCAUUCAUGACAGAAUGGAAUUUAAUGACACCACUGCUGAGCGGUUGUGCAGAAUGCACAUUGUUCCUGGUCUGCACUUAAUAGAAGACAUGAUUAAAACCAAGACAAUGUGGACCUUGUCAGGACACCAGCUGACGUUCACAAGCCAGACAUACAUCAAAUCAUUUCGAUAUCAAGACCUGCCGGGGGAGCUGUACAAUGUUCUGCACUCAAACCUGCCAGCAGCCAAUGGCAUCAUGCAUGUGGUUAACACCCUGAGGAAGAAAACCAGCACUGACAACCUCAGCAACCCACAGAAAACCAUUGGUGAGAUCCUUGCUUCGAUGGAGAUCUUCAGUAGGUUUGAAACUAUACUGGAGAACUGUGGCCUGCCUGCAAUCCUGGAUGGACCAGGCCCUUUUACUGUAUUUGUGCCCAGCAAUGAUGGUGUGGAUAAGCUGAGAGAUGGAAGGCUCAUUUAUCUUUUCACAGAGGGCAUAAAUAAGCUUCAGGAACUCGUGAGACAUCACAUCUACACUUCAGCAGCGGUGACAGCAGAUAAACUGAUGACGAUGCCACAAAUUGUUACUAUGGCUAACCAGAUACUUACCAUCAACAUCAGUGCAGAUGGAAGAAUUCUGAUGGAUGAAUCAGGGAUCCCCUUAAACAUGCGAGACAUUGUGGCAUCAAAUGGUAUCAUUCAUACCUUGGAUGGCAUCUUCAUCCCCCCCUCAAUAAUUCCCAUUUUGCCUCACAGAUGCAAUGAAGAGCAACAUAAAAUUGUGACGGGCUCUUGUGUGGAUUGUGAGGCCCUCAACACCAGUAUUUGCCCACCUGGCAGCACAGAAAUGGAACCAACGCUCUUCCCAAAAGAAUGUGUCUACAUCCAUGAUCCAGAAGGCCUGAAUGUCCUGAAGAAGGGAUGCGCCAGGUACUGCAAUCAAACCAUCACGAAACCUGGAUGCUGCAAAGGAUUCUUUGGUCCAGACUGCAUGCCAUGCCCAGGGGGAUUUUCCAGUCCAUGCUAUGGCCGGGGAAAUUGCAGCGAUGGCAUUCAGGGGAAUGGCAACUGUCAGUGCUUUGAGGGUUUCAAAGGAACAGCCUGUCACAUCUGUGCAAACCCAAACAAGCACGGCGAGAACUGUGACGAAGACUGUGGUUGUGUCCAUGGUGUCUGUGACAACAGGCCUGGCAGUGGUGGUGUGUGUCAGUCCUGGUCCUGUAAGGAGGGAUAUACCGGGAAAUUCUGCGACAGGACAUCCAAGAACUGUGGCCCGAGCGGGCUGUCCCAGUACUGCCACCAGAACGCUGUCUGCAGCCUCAACGACACAGCAAGGUGCAUCUGCAUGGAUGGAUACGAAGGUGAUGGGUUUUCCUGCCAGCCCAUCGACCUGUGCAGUCAGCCAGAACGGGGAGGUUGUUCACAGAAUGCCCUGUGCACCAGUACAGGCCCUGGCACUGCCACCUGCCAGUGCAACGUGGGCUGGACUGGGGAUGGGAAGGUGUGUGUGGCCAUAGACAACUGCAUGCUGGAGAGCAGAGGGAACUGCCACCUCAACGCUGACUGCGUCUACAUCGGCCCUGGGCAGAGCAAGUGUGUCUGCAAGAGGGGUUAUGCUGGGGAUGGCCACAGCUGUGAUGCAAUCAACCCCUGCCUCAUGGACAACGGCGGCUGCCACGACUUGGCUACAUGUGUGCCCCUUGGUGGAGGAGAGAGAUCCUGUGUUUGCUCUGAAGGCUACAUGGGGGAUGGCAUGACGUGCUACGGGGACAUUCUAAAAGAGCUGGCCAGGAAUUCCCACUUUGCGGGUUUCUACAGCUGGGUUAAGAAAUCUCUCUUCAGCAUCCCAGCAGGAACCAAUGUCACUGUCCUGGUGCCAUCAGAGGCAGCUAUCAAGAACUUGAGUGACACUGAGAAAGAUUUCUGGUUGACCCCCUACAUGCUGCCAUUUUUAGUCAGGGCCCACUUUCUCGAAGGUGUCUUCACUGCUGAAAAGCUUAAAAAGUACGACAGGCCAGAAUUACCCACUCUCAACCCACAGACCAGAUGGCAGAUAAACACCACGAGCAGUGUAUUAACCAUCCAGAAUGCAAGUAUAGUUGUCAGUGACAUCCCUGCCAGCAACGGCAUUAUCCAUGUCCUCAGUAAGGUUUUGUUGCCACCUUCAGGAGAUGUCCCACCGAGUCCUCCUGGGCUGCAGGAACAGCUCGAGUCAGUGGCUUCAUUCAGCACAUUCAAGGAGUUGCUAGAGCAAUACCAGCUCACUGGGAAGAUCGAGUCCUCUGAAAAAUACACCAUUUUUGUUCCUGGAAAUAAUUCCAUUGAGGAGUACUGCCAUGCUGCCAAUGUGACCCAGUUGGAUAAUGCAACAGUGCAGUACCACAUUGUACUGGGAGAAAAGCUCUUGCCCACAGACCUGAGAAGUGGAAUUCAUAAGAACAGCAUGUUGGGACUCUCCUACUGGCUAAUGUUUUACCAGAACAGCACCCAGAAGUUUGUCAAUAAUAUUCCUUUGGAUGGAAAAUUCCUCGAGACCAAGAACGGAAUGCUGGUCGGGGUGUCGCAGGUGCUCCAGAUACAGAAGAAUCGUUGCACUGCCAACACCACCACCAUACAAAAGUCAAGAUGCGGCAAGUGUGAGAAGGGGAUCAAGUGUCCUUCUGGAUCAGUUCUUGUGGAACUGCCAGGGAGCAAGAAUCUCGCUCGCUGCGAGCUGCGCUCCGGGGAUGCAGGAAUACUUGGCUGCCAUUUCACCUGUGCAAAAGUUUCUCUGAGGUCCGUCUGCUGCCCCGGCUACUACGGACACAUGUGUGAUAUGUGCCCAGGGAAGCCAGGCCAGUGGUGCUCUGGGAACGGGGAAUGCCAGGAUGGCAUGGAGGGCAGCGGAGAGUGCCGGUGCCUGGAGGGUUUCCACGGCACUGCCUGUGAAAUGUGUGAAGUGGGACGAUACGGGGCUGACUGCAAAUCAGAAUGUGCCUGUGACAACGGGAUAUGUAACGAUGGACUGCAAGGGGACGGGAGCUGUGACUGCUUCCCAGGGUGGAAGGGCCCCACCUGCCAAGAGAGAAUCAAGACUGACCUAUGCAAUAACACCUGCCAUCAAAUGGCCAACUGCCUCAAUAGUUCCACAGAUUCUCUACCUAUGUGCUUCUGCUCUGCUGGAUACACAGGGAAUGGGACCCAUUGCACAGAAAUAGAUCCCUGCACUAUGGACCACGGUGGCUGCUCCGUGCACGCUGUGUGCACCAAAGUGUCCCCAGGAGAGAGGACCUGUGUCUGCAAGGAUGGCUAUGCUGGGGAUGGGACACUCUGCCUGGAAAUUGAUCUCUGUCUUGAAAGCAAUGGGGGCUGCCACGCCAACGCUGAGUGCAUCAAAACAGGCCCAAAGAAGGUUGCCUGCAACUGUCUUCCUGGUUACAGUGGGGAUGGUGUGAGCCAGUGCAACCCCAUCAACCUGUGUGAACAGAACAACGGAGGCUGCAGCCCCUUUGGGCUCUGCAAGUACACGGGGCCAGGCACUCGGAACUGCUCCUGCUCCUGGCACAGCGUUGGAGAUGGCUUCACCUGCCGUGGCAAAGUGCAUCAGGAGCUUGGAAGGAUUCCAGACUCAUCCGUGUUCUUUAGGAUGAUACAGGCAGAAAACAUCAAAGAACUCAGUGGGGCAGGGCCUUUCACUGUCUUCGUCCCACAGACAGAUUUCAUAGGAAACACUACAACAUUUGAGGAGUGGAAAAGCAGACAUCUCCUCCGGGACCUGCUUCGCUACCACAUGGUGGGUUGCCAGAAAUUGCUUUCCAGUGACCUGGAAGCCCAGGAGUCCCUCACGUCUUUAUCUGGUCACAAAAUAAAGAUCACAGUGAACGAGAAUAGCAUCUUUCUCAACGGGGAAGCCAAGGUGGUCAUGAGUGACAUCAUCGGCGUGAACGGGGUCAUCCACUUCAUCAACAAGAUCCUCAUUCCAAGUGACCUGGUGGACCGUAACAUCUCCUCCAAGCUCUCAUUGCAGAACGUCACGGAGGUGGCAGAGGCCUUUGGGUACAGCAUUUACAGCAAGCUGCUGCAGGACGCGGAGCUGCUGCCGCUGGUCGGUGACCCCCUGCACAGGCCCUUCACGCUGCUGUGGCCCACGGACGCCGCCUUUAACGCUCUCCCCGAGGACAGGCAGAAGUACCUGUACCGCAGGGAGCACCGGGACGUGCUGGCCUCCUUCCUCAAGGCACACAUGAUCAGGGACACCAAGAUUGUUGCUGGUAACAUGCCCCAGGUCGAAACCAUACGGACCAUGCACGGCUCCACCAUCUCGUUCAGCUGCAGCAAAACCCACGUGGGGGAGAUUCUGGUGGGGAACGGCGAUGCCACCAUCAUCCAGAGGCACAUGGAAUUCAGUGGGGGCAUUGCUUAUGGCAUUGAUAGACUGUUGGAGCCGCCAGAUCUGGGGUCUCGGUGUGAUAAGUUCAGCUUCACUGAGCUACAGGGAUCUACAGAGAGCUGCGGACUCUGUGGCUUCGAGCCACCCUGCCCUGCUGGCUCCGUUCAACGGGGGGAAACCAGGCGCUGCUACUAUUACGGAAACCAGCUGCUGAGGAACACGUUCCUGCUUCACCGCAACUCCCUGUUGCGGCCGUCGUGGCCACCACACUCCCCGUGGGACCCCUUCAGGAGACACUUCUCUUCCAGGGGGCCUCUGAGACGAGGCUGCAGGAGGAGCUGCGUUUCCAGCCAGUGGAUCCCACAGUGCUGUGCCAACCACUACGGCCGAGACUGUCGGGUGUGCCCAGGGGGGCUGGAGGCGCCGUGCAAUAACCGUGGGACCUGCGACGACAAGAUCGGCGGCUCGGGGAGGUGCAACUGCAGCGAGGCCUUCAUCGGGACCAGCUGCGAGCUGUGCGCGCCCGGCAGAUACGGCCCCGCGUGCCGAGAGUGUAACUGCACUGAGCACGGCGUGUGCAACGCGGGGCUGCACGGCGACGGCUUCUGCUUCUGCGCCGAGGGCUGGACUGGAGACCGCUGUGAAAUCAGAACAGUGGUGACCCCCACCUGCUCCCCACCGUGCCACCCCCAGGCCGUCUGCCGCGCCGGCAACCUCUGCGAGUGCGACCUGCACUACGAGGGGGACGGGAGAGUGUGCUCAGUGAUCGACAUGUGCAGCCAGGACAACGGGGGGUGUGCCCGGCACGCCCAGUGCUCCCAAAUGGGUGUGAACGUCUCCUGCGCCUGUGAUCCCGGCUACAGCGGCGACGGCUACGUGUGCGACCCCAUCGAUAGGUGCGCGGACGGCAGGAACGGUGACUGCAGCCAGCACGCCUCCUGCAUCAGCACCGGCCCGAACGAGCGGCGCUGCGAGUGCAAGCAGGGCUAUGUGGGAGACGGGAUCCAGUGCCUGGAAGAGGUUGUGCCCCCCACGGACCGGUGCCUGGAGGACAACGGGCAGUGCCAUCGGGAGGCCAUCUGCACCGACCUGCACUUCCAUGAUAAGACCAUGGGCGUGUUUCACCUGCAGUCACCUCGAAAAAAGUACGACUUCACAUACGAGCAGGCUCAGGAGGCCUGUGCCACGGAAGGCGCUUCCCUGGCCACGUUCCGGCAGCUCUCGGCAGCACAGCAGAUGGGGUUCCAUCUGUGCUUGGUGGGUUGGCUGGACAAUGGCACAGCCGGAUACCCCACAGCCUACCCCAACCCCAGCUGUGGGUCCAACCACGUGGGCAUUGUGGACUAUGGCUCCCGAAGCAACCUGAGUGAGACCUGGGAUGCGUUCUGCUACCGGGAGAAGGAUCUGACUUGCACCUGCCGUGAGGGGUUUGUGGGAGAUGGGUACUGGUGCAGCGGGAGACUCCCCGAUGUGCUCGCAGACAACGACCGCUUCUCCACCUUCUAUUCCAUGUUGCUCAAUUUUGCCAAUGACACAGAAGAAGGACUGGAUUUUUUCAUGUACUUGUCUGAUGACUCCGCUCCCAAAACUCUGUUUGUCCCUCUGAACUCUGGCUUUGCAGGCAACGAGACACUGACAGGAGAAGAACUGAAGCUUCAUGUGUCAUCCAGCAAUGUUGUCCUCUUCAGCUACAACCUCACAACAGGCACCAUCAUCCCAUCCCAGUCAGGACAUGACCUCCACAUAUCAGAACUCCCAGUGGGCAACAGUACAGAGCACUCAGACGCCAAAGGGAUCAAUGACACGAUGAUUGUGGAGUGGGACAUCAUGGCUUUCAAUGGCAUCAUUCAUGCAAUUGCAGAGCCCCUGAGGAUCCCACCGCCUGUCGUUCAGCUCGGCCAGGUGAACGGUGCCGCGCAGGGCUCCGUGGCCACCGGGACGGUGUCAGCGCUGUGCUUCGCGCUGGCGCUGGCCGCUGGGGCCGGCAUCGCCUACCACUGCGUGAGGAGGCGGCGGCAGGAGGGGCAGUUCGGGUAUUUCCAGGCGGAUCUGCGCGCGGACGAGGAGGAGGAGGAGCAGGAGGAGGGGGCGGGGCCGCGGAAGGCGCGCGCGGGGCCACGCGCCGGCAGGCCCCGCCCCCAGCGGCCGCUCGUGGCCAUCCCUAACCCGCUGUACGGCGGCCACGCCCCCGACUACGAACCGCUGCACGACCCGCCCCUGGCGGACGCCACCACCGACCCCCCCGGGUUCCCGCAGUGACCCUGCACGGACCAGACCGGCCCGCCGCGAAAUAAACAGCUCAGCGCCACCGGCUCUGCCCGCGCCUGCCCCCGAUCCUCCCCCCGCCCGCCCCUUCUCACCCCCCAGCCCAGCACCCGUCACGUCCCCGUACGAGGUGCUGUCCACCAAAGCCUCCAGCACUCGGGGCACUCAGUUCAGCCGCCCCAGGGACUCACGGCCCCCUCUCCUGCACUGUUGAUGUGUGACAGCCCCCGGGACACAGCAGCCCUCUCCUGCUCCCUCACACUGCCCCCUGGUCAGGUACGAAUCAGUCAGUCAGUCACCACCCCACAUGCCCCGUUUGACCCCCCCCGCAGUGAGCUGGUUAGUCAGUUAGUUAUACAUGCUGCAGACGUUUAUUGAGCUACACACUACACACACCACAAAGACAAAUGCCACGUGCAUCUACUACAGCUGUUGAUUAGAGCAGCCAUGUUAACAGGGAUUGUCCAGGCCACUGAGUCCGGAGCAAGGCAUCCUGAACGUCUGUGAUGGGCUGGCACGUGGCACAAAGACAAGGCAGUGAGACACAAGUGACAGACUGAGGGGCCAGCCUGGCACAGCACCAGGGAGGAACAUGUGGAAACCUCUGUGUGUGUGUGUGUCUGUGUGUGUGUCUGUGUGUGCGACUCCCACGGAGGGUUGCUGACACACCUUGCACUUCAGCGCCUUUCUCUGAGUCAGAGCUCCUGGCAGAGGGUCCUCCACACCAACCUCUCCUUCUGCUGCCCCCACACUGACAACACCCAGCCCCUCCAGCAAUCCCCGCAGCCCAGCGCUCACAAGCUCCACCCAUGCUAAUCUCCUGGCCCUGCAAACCCACAGCACUUACCUGCUGCACAGACAGGCUCUGCAGUCACUCAUUUCCUUGCCUGCUCACUACCAGACUCAGCACAAGAAGUGCCUCCAUUCGCUGUUCCCUCUCUCCUUCCUGUCACCUCAACACCGACUGCCCCGUGAGCAAGCUGGCACUGUCACCCUUAUUGCCAUCUGCAAAUGGUGCAGCAGUGAGGGGAGGACCAGGGCAGCCAAUGUCUCCACCCCUUCAUCCUACAGCAAUCACUUCCCACACACCAACCAGCUUUCCAAUGGCACAAUGUUCUCCUGUUUCCCAGGGCCAAUGAGCAGAGUGGCACAAAAUCUCAACAACUCCUCCCCACCUCAACUGCCCCUCUACCCCUCCCCAAUGCCCUGCCUGGCCCUGGGGCAGUCUGAAGCCUGUCCAGGACCAGCAUAGCCCGAGCCAGGUGAAAGCCCACUUUCUGCACCUCACAUCCUAAAGCAGCUCUCACCUGCCUGGGCCUCCAGACUGUCACCUUUGUCCCAUCCUAUACGCUCUGACAUUGCUAUUAGCACCUCUUUGCUCUUCCUCCUCCUGAGGAGGCACCACAUGGCUUUGCAUGGCCACACUCCCCUUUCUGACCCACCACACCCAGCAGCACUUCACACCCACACCAGCACCCUCCUUGGACAACCUCAGCAGCCCCUCUGUCCCCCUUAGGCCACACAUCUCAGUGAACAGAGGUGGAAUGCCACCACCUCUGCUGCCAACCCUGAACCUUCCCUGCAAGGCUGAACACAUCCCUCUGCAACUCACAACAGACCACACCAACUGUCAAAAUGGUGAUGUCACAUGACACCAAGCCAAAAAUACUGACAGUGCACAGCCCUAAACGCACUCAAAAACCAGGUAUGUCACAACAUUUGAGACCCUGUGAACUACUCCCAACACCCAGGGCUUGCCCAUCCUGCACAGUUACCUAACAGUUCCCUACCAGAGUCCCCAGCUGGACAAACCAGACUGGUGGGGAGCAGGAAUGGGCUGAGGGCUGCUGGUACCAGUUCUGGACAGGUAACACUGCUGAUGCUUUGUCAUCCAUGAUGGUUGCCCAGCUGGCAGCCCUGACCCCUCCCUGUCCACCUGCAGAAUGACUCACACUGCAGUCCCAGGACAUGUGGGCAGCUACAGCCCUGACACACCUUGUCACCCCUCCCAUGGGUUGCACUCACCAAGCACUGGAGACGUGGGGCUCCGUGUCUGAGCCACUUCUCUGGGCACAGAGCAGGGACUGGCUGUGUCCCACCACCUUCAUUAGUUCUCCAGCUCCUAGAGAGGACUCCCUGCCAGAGAACGAGCACCCAGGCUCUGUGCAGCCUAUAACGCACCUCAGGGAAAGGGAUGGAGCCAGUGAAGGGAAAAAAUAAACACACCAUCUACACAUGUACGCAAGUGUCAAACGCCCUUUAGUGGUGGACAGAGGUGCUGCCGCCGAGCGGCCCCACGACAGGCCCGGCCGUGCUGCUGCCUGCAGUACCUGCCCCUCACCGAAUGUGCACCAUCUCCUCCAGG